ACGCGGGGCGCUUCCGGCGGCAGUGGCGGCCCCGGCUGUGGGGGUGGGCGUGGAGUGGCCCCUCCGUCUCCGGGUUCCGUGGCGCGGCUGGUCGGCUCGGCUUGGUGUGCCGAGGAUACACGGGCCCGACGGCGUGGAGGUACUCUGACUGACUACUCUGAACAAGACAGACAGUAAGACUCCUUGCCCCCGUGGAGCUUGUGUCCUAGCGGUGACACACGGGCAGACGAGAUCGUUCAUAAGUGGAUUUAUUUUGAGGUCAUAAGAGAAGCAGAAGAAGGUACACCUCUCUGCACGGUGGGCUCACAUCGGAAACAUGGCUGCGGACUGGCUGGGCAGCAUCGUGUCCAUCAAUUGUGGGGACAGCUUGGGUGUCUAUCAGGGCAGAGUGUCCGCAGUGGACCAGGUCAGCCAGACCAUUUCUCUCACCCGGCCUUUCCACAACGGGGUGAAGUGCCUCGUGCCAGAAGUCACCUUCAGGGCAGGUGACAUUACGGAAUUAAAAAUUCUAGAGAUCCCAGGUCCUGGAGAAAACCAGCAUUUUGGAGAUCUUCAUCAGACAGAAUUUGGCCCCUCUGGUGUUGGGUACCAAGUGGGCAUCAAUCAGAAUGGCACGGGCAGGUUGGUGAGGAAGCCAGCCUCCUCCAGCACUGCCCCUCAGAGCAUCCCUAGGAGAAUAGAGGGGAGGAGCCAGGAGGCGGCCAUCUCCCCCCAGCAGCAGCAGUGCUCCAAGAGCUACGUGGACAGGCACAUGGAGCCCGUGAGCCAGUCCAAAAGUUUCCGUCGUCGGCACAACUCCUGGUCAUCUAGUAGCAGGCAUCCAAAUCAGGCAACUCCAAAGAAAAGUGGUUUAAAAAAUGGCCAGAUGAAGAAUAAAGAUGACGAGUGCUUCGGGGACGAUAUUGAAGAGAUCCCAGACACGGAUUUUGAUUUUGAAGGGAACCUGGCCCUUUUUGACAAGGCAGCUGUGUUUGAGGAGAUUGAUACAUACGAGAGGAGAAGUGGCACCCGUUCCCGGGGCCUCCCAAGUGAAAGGCCUGCUCGGUACCGCCAUGAUGAGAACAUCCUGGAGUCAGAGCCCAUCGUGUACCGACGGAUCACAGUGCCUCACAGUGUGAGCAAGGAGUUCUGCACAGACUCUGGCCUGGUGGUCCCAAGUGUUUCCUAUGAGCUACAUAAGAAGCUCUUGUCGGUGGCUGAAAGGCACGGGUUGACUCUGGAGCGGAGAUUGGAGAUGACGGGCGUGUGUGCCAGUCAGAUGGCACUGACCCUGCUCGGAGGACCCAACAGGUUGAAUCCCAAAAAUGUCCACCAGAGGCCUACAGUGGCCUUGCUGUGUGGGCCCCAUGUGAAGGGGGCUCAGGGCAUCAGCUGUGGAAGGCACCUCGCCAACCAUGACGUCCAGGUCAUCCUCUUCCUGCCCAACUUUGUCAAGAUGCUGGAGUCCAUCACCAAUGAGCUGUCUCUCUUCAGCAAGACCCAAGGCCAGCAAGUGUCUAGCCUCAAAGAUCUGCCCACGAGCCCUGUGGACCUGGUGAUCAACUGCCUGGAUUGCCCCGAGAAUGCCUUUCUGCGGGAUCAGCCCUGGUACAAGGCGGCUGUGGCCUGGGCCAACCAGAACCGGGCACCAGUACUCAGCAUAGAUCCUCCUGUGCAUGAAGUCGAACAGGGCAUUGAUGCCAAGUGGUCACUGGCGCUGGGCCUGCCUCUGCCGCUGGGAGAGCACGCAGGCCGCGUCUACCUGUGUGACAUCGGCAUUCCCCAGCAGGUAUUCCAGGAGGUGGGCAUCAGCUACCACUCACCCUUUGGCUGCAAGUUUGUCAUCCCACUGCACUCUGCCUAGAGGGGCUCUGGGCAGGCUGGACACUUAGUCCCCGGCUGCUCUUGACACUGAACUUGACAGCAAACGCCUUAAGGAUGUGAAGCUUCAUGGACCUUGUUAAAUUUUUUAUUUUGGGUUUGUUUCUUCCUUGAGAGAACAGAUCAUAUUUAAAGCCGACCUGUCACUCACCCUUAACCAGGAAAGGCUUUCCCUGGGUGUGUAGGGCGGGUGGCAGGCUGAGUGCGCAGUGGCUCCUGCGUGGCCAGCUGGGGCUUUGUUUACAGACAUAGGCAGCUCACAGACUGUUUCAGGUUUACAGCCACGGCCUGGGCGGGCAAGCACCUUGCGGGCAGGGGGCGGUCCUGUCUGGGGGCCUGUACUUGCCCUGUUUCAGAGCCUGUGGCUUUGUCUCCCUCGCUCCUGCCUCCCUGUCCCCAGCUGGCAGCCCUUGCUCUGUCGUGCACAGCCGGCCGCGCUGCAGCUGCCCACUAGAGGGCGGACUCGCACUCCCCGUUCCUGAGAGCCGAGGCCUCCCCUGAGCCCUACGAGUUCAUUUGGGGGCUUUUGACCCUUUCUCCUGAGCUGAUCCAAGUUUUAUGCUGGGAUUUUUUUCCAAAAGACCUUCCUCCUUUCCACUCCAUCAGUUUGAGAGGCAGGGAAGGGGGUGGCAUCAGGACAGUUUUGCUGUCCUGGGAUUUUAUACUGUUUUCCUGUUGUCUUCAGCACAGGUGGUGUAAGGUGUUACUGUAGAACCACACACAGUGCCCAUCUUGCCAGCAGUGCCCCCAAGCCCAUCCCCUCAGCAGCUGGGGCCAGAGCCCUCAGGGUGCAGCUUUCACGUUCAGUAUUGGGGAGGCCCCUGGGGGAGCCUGGUGCUGAGCCAGGAGGCUCCUGGUGCUUGUCCUAGGCGCCCCCCUCGCCUGCACACACCCCCACUGUUGGGUCCGCUCUGCCCUUGCCCUGCAGUGUCCUCUGUAGCUGUCCUCCCAGAGCAGGCGCAUGUCCCUCCCCUGCCUGGGCUCCACCCCGGCUCGGUGUCCGGACUGAACCUUGUUGAUCGUCCACUCUAGAUGAGGCGGCUGGGGGCCAGCACCCCAUCUCAGACGCCAGAAUUGGGCUCGUUCUGGAUGAGCUGGCGGGCACGGCUCAGCCACAGAACACACUGCUGCUCCCGUCCCGGCACCACGCCCUGGACUGUCGCUGGCCGGGGACCUGGAGACUGGGGGUGGGAGCCGUGCCCUGUGGUCCCUGGAGUGGCUCUUGCAGAAGGCUAGUGCUUUCAAGCCUUUCCCAGGGCUUCGGGCUCCCCAGCUCUGGUUAAGGGGGUGAGUGGGAAGGCUCACCAAGCAUCAUGGGCACGGGGUGGGUAGGCCUCGUGUCCCGGCCUCAGGCCGCCUGUCCCUUUCCUUAUGGAGCUGCCAGGACACAUGCAGUGGGUGGAGGGCUGGUCCCUCCUUCCAGCCCAGCCGCCCUCAGGUGUUCAGUGGUGUCCAGCAGUGGGAGGCCCGAGACCGAGCCACGCUGCGCUCCCUGAGCCUCCGCUUACUCGGCCAGGCGGCUGCCACGAUGGGCCGUAACGAGGAGCAGUGCUGGGUGCCAGGCAUUUCCGUAAGCAGCCCUUCGGGACGUCCUGGCUCCGACUGGGUGCAGUGGGGAACAAGCGCGAAGAACCCUGGCCCGACUGCUCGCUCCUCAAGUCUCAGUGGCCCUGGGGGUGAUGGCCUUGUUGAGGGGCCACUGGGAGUUUGUGCCCAAGCCUCUCUUUUUCUCCCCUGGUGGCACUGGAGCCUCUUCCUGUCCUCAGCCUGGGCCUUCCCCAGUGGUAUUCAAGUAUGAUUCCUCUACCUUUGGUCUUUUCAGGGGCGUCCUGCCCACAGUGCCCAGUCCCCAAGGGGAUCCUCAAGACUCACUUAUGCAGCUCUUGGGGAACCCAAAUAGCACUGAAAUAAAGUUGAAGGAUGGAG